AUGCAACACAAUUUAGGUUUUUGUCGAUCAUGUUGGACCAUGCCUGGACGAUUUAUGUUUUCGUUAGUUAUUUUAUCACUUAUAUUUACACCAGCAUUAAUACUCAUUACUCAAUGGCCAAAAGCAGCCAACUGGAUACAUAAUAUAGUUUUAAAGAAAGUUCAACUUUAUCCGCAAUCUGCUGGUUACAAAACCUGGAUAGAUUCACCGGUAACAACAACACGUGCAUACCGAUUAUUCAAUGUAACAAAUUAUAUGACUGUAAUGUCAAGUCCGAAUAGUCCCAUUGAAAUACAGGAAACUGAUCCAUUUAUGUACAAACUAUUGAUCAGAAAGAAUGAUAUUGAAUGGUUCAAUGACAAUACUGAAGUGACCUAUACUGUUGAGCGUUUCUUUGAACGUCUUGGCAUAUUUGAUAAAACAUUGUUGGAGGGAGAAGGAGCAUUCGUUAAUAUUCCUCGAGUGUUAUUUCGAACACGGUUUGAUCGAAAACCUGACCAAAAUUUCUUUGCUGGUUCUGGUCUUAAUGUGUUUAAUUAUACACAUGCUGUUGAUCUAAUUGAAGGAUUCAAUUCAGCAACAUUUUCUCUUAUACGAUCGAACAUGAUGGGUCCAAAUACAGAAAAAUAUGGUUAUAUCUAUCGUUAUAAUACCAGUCGUGGGUAUAAUUAUACAAUACGAACUGGUUUUAACGACUCAGUUGACAAAGGACGUAUGCUUGAUUAUAAAACCGAAUAUAAUCCAACCAGAUUGGCAGCAAUUAAUGUUUUUCAAGCAGAUUUUUGUCGACCUGUUCAAUUGCGAUAUAGUCAGACGAUUCCUAUGUUUGGUUUUGAUGCUGUUCAUGAAUACGUUUUACGUUUAGUUGAUUAUGAAACAUGUUCACAUAUGAACGAGACGUGUGAAGAAUCAGUAUAUUUGGAUAUAUCAAAGUGUUUCUCAGACAAAGAUAAACAUGAAUCAACAAUUUAUUUUGAGCCAAUUACUGGCACGCCAAUAAAAGCUCAACUUCGUAUUCAAUUGAAUACUAAUACAUAUAUUGAUCGAAUAAAAGUGGAUCGAUAUGGAAAUGCGAAAGAAACAGAUUCAAGAGGAGUAAAGCGAGUUAUACCUAUGUUUUGGAUUGAUCAGACAAUCACAUUAAAUAAGUCAACACUUAGAAGACUUCGUGUUGCUAAUCGAAUAUUACGUAUUGGUCGACGGAUCUAUGAGACAAUCAAAGUCGGUCAUAUGAUUGUGGCAUUUUUACUCUGUCUCGCUGUAAUAGCAUUCUUCGAGGCGAUGCAUUAUGUUCGACAGCAUCGAUCCAUAGCAAAACUAACAACAAAAUCCAGAAACCCAGAAACCUCCGGAAGAAGAACGUCUGUUUCCGAUAAUCUCUUAGCAUAG